AUGACUGGAUAUACGAUGUUGCGCAAUGGGGGAGUGGGGAACGGAGGCCAGCCGUGGGUGCUGAGAUGGUCCAGUCGGAUCCGACUCACCUGGCUUAGUUUCACCCUCUUCAUUAUCCUUGUCUUCUUUCCCCUCAUCGCCCACUACUACCUGACCACCAUCGAUGACGCGGAUGAUGCCGGCAAGCGCAUCUUUGGCCCGCGGACCGGCAAUGAGCUGUGCGAGGUAAAGCACGUGCAAGACCUGUGCCGCAUCCGCGAGUCAGUCAGCGAGGAGCUGCUCCAGCUGGAGGCCAAGCGGCAGGAGCUCAACAGCGAGAUCGCCAAGCUCAACUUGAAGAUCGAGGCCUGCAAAAAGAGCAUUGAAAAUGCCAAGCAGGACCUGCUGCAGCUGAAGAACGUCAUCAGCCAGACGGAGCAUUCCUACAAAGAGCUGAUGGCUCAGAACCAGCCCAAGCUCUCCUUGCCCAUCCGGCUGCUGCCAGACAAAGACGAUGCGACCUUCCCCCUGCCAAAAUCCAACCGGAACUGCAGGCUGCACAACUGCUUUGACUACUCACGCUGCCCGUUGACAUCUGGCUUUCCAGUCUAUGUCUACAACAGUGACGAUUACCCUUUUGGUAGUUCCUUAGACCCUUUAAUUAAACAAGCCUUUGAGGCGACCGUCAGAACUAAUGUUUAUGUUACUGAAAAUGCAAAUAUUGCUUGUGUGUAUAUAAUUUUAGUGGGGGAAAUGCAAGAGCCUGUAAUGCCAAAACCUACUGAACUAGAGCAACAGUUGCACUCUUUGCCGUAUUGGAGGACUGAUGGACAUAACCAUCUCAUCAUCAAUUUGUCAAGGAAAUCAGAAACUCAGAACUUCAUUUACAACAUCAGCACAGGGCGCGCCAUGGUUGCCCAGUCCACGUUUUACGACGUGCAGUAUCGACCGGGCUUCGAUAUUGUGGUAUCACCUCUGGUCCACGCUAUGUCUGAACCCAAUUUCCUAGAAAUCCCACCCCAGGUGCCAGUCAAGCGUAAAUAUCUGUUUAGUUUCCAGGGGGAGAAGAUCGAGUCUCUCAGAUCUAGCUUGCAAGAGGUUCGCUCUUUCGAAGAGGAAAUAGAAGGCAAUGCCCCAGCUGACUAUGAUGAUCGGAUCAUUACCACCUUGAAGGCUGUUCAGGACAGCAAGUUGGACUUUGUUUUGGUGGAGUUCACGUGUAAGAACCAGCCUAAGGCGAGUCUGCCCACUGAGUGGGCUCUGUGUGGAGAAAGGGAUGACAGACUAGAGCUACUGAAGCUAUCUACUUUUGCACUGAUAAUCACCCCAGGGGACACCCAUUUAGUGAUCUCCGCCGGGUGUGCCAUGAGACUGUUUGAGGCUCUGGAAGUUGGAGCCAUCCCGGUGGUUCUCGGAGAGCAAGUUCAGCUACCCUAUAAUGACGUGAUCCGGUGGAACGAGGCAGCCUUAAUUAUACCAAAGCCACGUAUCACAGAAGUGCACUUUCUUCUGAGAAGCAUUUCUGACAACGAUCUCCUUGCCAUGAGGAGGCAGGGCCGCUUCUUGUGGGAGACCUACUUCUCCACCUCCGACAACGUAUUCAGCACAGUCUUAGCUAUCAUAAGGACUCGAAUCCAAAUCCCGGCUGCUCCUAUCCGAGAAGAAACCGCCGUGGAGAUACCCCACCGGUCUGGCAAAGCUGCUGGUACAGACCCCAAUAUGGCAGACAAUGGUGACCUGGACUUGGGGCCUGUGGAAACAGAACCACCCUAUGCAUCUCCCAAAUAUCUCCGCAAUUUCACCCUCACUGCAAUGGACAUCUACAGGAAUUGGAAUUCUGCUCCGGGGCCUUUCCAUCUCUUCCCCUACACUCCCUUUGACCCUGUUUUACCAUCAGAAGCAAAAUUUUUGGGGUCUGGGACUGGAUUUCGACCAAUUGGUGGAGGAGCAGGUGGCUCUGGGAAGGAGUUCCAGGCUGCUUUGGGUGGCAACGUCCCCCGGGAGCAGUUCACAGUAGUGAUGUUGACUUACGAGCGGGAGGAAGUGUUGAUGAACUCCCUAGAAAGGCUCAAUGGUCUCCCAUACUUAAAUAAAGUUGUGGUAGUGUGGAACUCUCCCAAGCUUCCCUCUGAGGAUCUCUUGUGGCCAGACAUUGGCGUCCCGAUCAUGGUUGUCCGCACGGAGAAAAACAGCCUGAACAACCGGUUCCUGCCGUGGGAUGAGAUCGAGACGGAGGCCAUCCUGUCCAUUGACGACGAUGCUCACCUUCGCCACGACGAGAUCAUGUUUGGGUUCCGUGUCUGGAGAGAGGCAAGGGACCGCAUCGUUGGCUUCCCGGGGCGCUACCACGCGUGGGACAUCCCCCAUCAGUCCUGGCUCUACAACUCCAACUACUCCUGCGAGCUCUCUAUGGUGCUCACUGGUGCUGCCUUCUUCCACAAGUACUACGCCUACCUGUACUCCUACGUGAUGCCGCAAGCCAUCCGCGACAUGGUGGAUGAAUACAUCAACUGCGAGGACAUCGCCAUGAACUUCCUGGUCUCUCACCUGACGAGAAAACCUCCCAUAAAG